AUGGCGAACGAGCAGGAUUACUUUGCUAGACAGGGCGCGUUGCAAGUAAACACACAGCAGAACAUGUCGAAUACAUGUCCGCCAGAUAUGACAGCAGAGGAGGAGGCGGUCGGCGACCUAGACGAACCCCCUGAACCUCGCGCGCAACGCCCUGCCCCCCUGGUGCUCCAGCAUUCCUCCUCCACAUCCUUCACCAAAUCGAAACCCGUCAUCGAUCGCAAAGCAUCGCUUCUCACAUCCGCGCUCAAGUCGGGCUCGAACGCGAGCUCGCCUGUUGAGGAACACUCGGAUGCGAGCCCCGUCCGCGGCAUGUCGUGCGUCUCGACAUGGAGUAACAACAGCGGCACCGCAGAUCUCACUAGCGACGGAGGCUUCACGAGCCCUGGCACACGGCCCUGCACGCCGAGCCCGCCACUUCCUUCGGCAGCGUUCCACAGCAUGCUGCCCACGUUCAACAACAAACCGUUGGAGUUACCCAUCUCCGUGGUCUCACACGACGACGAGAACAUCACCCCAGUACCCAAGACCGCGCCUGCUCAGAGCACCGAGCAGAGCAUCGAGGCUGUUCUGGGAAGGAAGAGGCGCAUCAUGUUUGCGUGCGGGCCCAAGGAGGACAAGAAGCCAGCAGAGGCACCUGCAAAGCCCGCGCCUGUGCCUACUCCCCAGGCCGAGGAACCUCCCAAGCGCGUCUGCACCAUCAAGUUCGCGUGCCCAUCCAAGCCAUCUACAGAAGCAGCGCCGAAACCCCGCCGCAUGGCCAGCCCCGCACCGCCACCACGCCGGAUACCCUCGUCUCCCAAGCCAACCACCAAAGUCCAUCGCGACUCCGAUUCUACGGUCCGCAACAAUUCCCCCGUGAGCGUGCGUAAAGUCCGCCCGGUUGACCACACGCGGCGCUUGAGUUCCAACUCCGAUCUUGCCCGCUGUGAAGCAUACCGGUUCCACGAGUUUGCUAGCUCAGAAGAGGAGGUCGAAGAGUGGACUCAAGAAGUUACCUGCCAUCGAAGCCGGCUUACGGUCCAGGAUACGCUCAAGAUUGAGAACAACCUGCGUAAGCUGGGCGAGGAGGUCGCUGAAGAGGAAGCCAUUGACGAAGAGGACGAGGACGAUGAUGAGGACAACGUCGAAAUGGAUGAUGACGAUGACGAUCUGCUAGACGAGGAUGAAGACGCCGCGUACAGCGAUGCGACUGAUGAGGGUUUCCAGACUGAUGAUGAGAACGGAUUUGCCGUCUCAGAUGAUGACAGCGAUGCCGGGUCUGACUACGACUGGUGGGCGCCUGGAGCAUCAACUGCAGCGACAUCUGUAGAGCACCUGGAACAGCUUCGACUGAAGACUCACCGAACCGUCUCUGAAUCAUCGAUUGGGUCUUUGGAGAGCCGCGAGGGUCUCAAGAUCAUGGACAAGCCUUCCAAGCGCAGAAAGUCAUCGAAGCCGGUCAACAUCCGCGUUCCCACCCCUGAGCUGCCCGACAGUACAGACUUUGUUUGCGGUACGCUUGAUGAGGAUAGGCCAGCUGAAGCUGCGUACAUGUCGACACUCGAACGUCGACGUGCGGCCAAGCACAAGCCCACUCCACAGGACAUUGACCCUACCUUCCCAACAUCGGAUCCGGAGCUUCCUGACGAUGAUGAGGAUGAGGUCUCUGAAGACGAGAAAGCUUCCGAGACUGAUCAUCUCAUGAUUCAUGGCCGCAUGGACCCUGUCAACAUCGAUGGACGAGGUCGCCGCAAAGAGGUUUCAAAGAAGCGUUCUCCUCUGCCAUCACCGAAGCGCUUACGAUCUCCUCCACCCGCAAAGCGUGCUGUGCAUCGCUCCCCUCCACCACGCAAGCUGUUUGGAAACUCCCCCAAGCGCCACCAUUCUCCUCCGCCUCCAAUGCGCCUUAGGUCUCCACCACCUACACGUCGCGGCUCCGUCAACCCUGUGAACAUGACCACACGUCAGCGCAGCGAUACCUCCAUCCGCUUCGCCGGCAUCGCCGAGCGUCCUGCACCCACAGUCUCAGCGUCCGUCCCACGCACCCCCAUCACCAUGCGCAACCCAUUCGACCUCGACGAGGACGAAGAUGCCGACGGCUCCGACAUGCCCAUUCGCCGCGCCAUCGACAUCAAAGUCGGGCUCGAGAAGAAGAGGCAACGACGCAAGGAGAAGCUGUACCGCAAGCAACACCGCAAAGGUGCCAAAGAAAAGCGUCCCGCUCCUGGUCGCGGCGCAGAACGCAUGCGCGAGAUGGGCCUCGCGGUACACGCUCACAAAGGCAAGACAAAUGCCUUCCAACCGUUUGGAAUCCGCAAAGAUGCGGAUGAGGAGGAUAUGCAUGUUUUGUCGGCGUAG